UCCAUUGGCCACAGCAGAAAGGGGAGGGACCCACUGGGAGUCUGACUCUUGAAGCAAACUUUUCUGUGGGGCUGCCUGCUUUCCUUCCCUCUGUUGUGUCUGAACGAGACAAAAGGAGUUUAAAGGACUCCCAGAUCUUUUCACCUGAAGCCGAGGUCCAGAUUCACCCGCCGCCAUGUCGAGCAAACGUGCAAAGGGAAAGACCAGCAAGAAGCGCCCGCAGAGAGCCACCUCCAAUGUCUUCGCCAUGUUCGAUCAGUCUCAGAUCCAGGAGUUCAAGGAAGCCUUUAACAUGAUCGACCAGAACAGAGACGGUUUCAUUGACAAGGAGGAUCUGCACGACAUGCUGGCCUCGCUGGGUAAGAACCCUUCUGAUGAAUACUUGGAGGGCAUGAUGAGCGAAGCACCAGGGCCCAUUAACUUCACCAUGUUCCUCACCAUGUUUGGAGAGAGGCUCAAUGGGACAGACCCGGAAGACGUCAUCCGCAACGCCUUUGCCUGCUUCGAUGAGGAGGGAUCAGGCGCGAUCCACGAAGACCAUCUGAGAGAGCUGCUGACCACCAUGGGCGACCGCUUCACGGACGAGGAAGUGGACGAGCUGUUCCGCGAGGCGCCCAUCGACAAGAAGGGAAACUUCAACUACGCAGAGUUCACCCGCAUCCUCAAACAUGGCGCCAAAGACAAAGAUGAUGAGUAGAAGAAGAGAGCGACUGCCUCGGCCUCUCCCCCCUGCACACACACCGUUCCUCAAACCUGUCCUCGUCUAUCUAUCCCUGUUAGUCCUGUAGAUAAAAAUAAGUGGAAAUCUAGACAGCAAUACUGUAUAUCAAAGUUUUUUUUUUUUAAUUUAAAAAUGAAAGGUUAGAUUUAAACUGUGCUGCGUUUAUUGAAGUCUACAUAAGUGAAGUUGGAACCUCAAGAGGCAAAAAUAUCUUGUAGGCAAAGAAAAAUAAACCAAGAUUCAGGAUUUAUGUGUAUGCCACGCAGACAGGUGUACAUUUGUCUCCUGUAGCUUUAUCAUUCUUUGACUACAAUUGGUCAGGUAUGUUUUGGUAAGCUUUUUGGAAAUGUAUCAAGCACUAAGUGUGUGUGUGCGGGGGGGGGGCGCCAUUUGGACUUUGACUUUCAGUACCCGCUAUGUAUUCCUCUUCCUGCCAGCUCAUCCCCAAUCCUUUCCAAGCACUGCGAUCUGUUUUACUCUGUGUAACGUCUGCAUCCUUGUAUGGUGGAAGUCCUUUGCCCGAACGCUUAGUGCGCAUUAAUUACUGACAAUCGGAAGGAGUGGGCCCUCAAAUCGAUGAAAUAGUUUCGGGAAUUGGUAGUUUUGGAUCAUCUUUCUGCCGCCCUGUGUAUUGAUUGAAAGAUCUGGGUAAGUCUGUGUGGUGGGAGAAUUUCAGUCAUGAAACUGCUCAGGCAAAUAAAGGAAGUGAAGAAAUACA